AUGUCGUGGAAGCUCACCAAGAAGUUAAAGGAUACCCAUCUAGGGCCCCUUGCGAAUACUUUCUCUCGGAAUCCUUCCACGUCAACAAUCACAGAAAAGGAUGAAAAGAGUCCUAUCCCAACAUCUGCUACUCCUACUCCUAGUGACAAUGCCAUCGCUGCCUCGGAACACAUGGUACAAGAACCUGUCGUAAAACCUCCGAAACCUGGUAUUCUCGUCGUAACUCUUCACGAGGGUCAAAAUUUCGCUCUUCCUGAACAGCAUCGAAACGCAUUCUCGCAGCAUGGCCAAGGCUCUAUGUCGACAGGGAAUGCCCUUAGCUCUAGUUCUGUGCGACCAGGGUCUUCCCAACGAGCGGUAGCUGGUUCUUACACGAAUGGAAGACCCCAAACAUCAGCAGGGGGUUUCACUGGUAUACCUUCUAACCACGGUCGGAUCUCUAGCAAAUAUCUGCCGUACGCAUUGUUGGAUUUUGAUAAGGUCCAGGUUUUUGUCAACUCGGUCUCCGGUAACCCGGAAAACCCCUUAUGGGCUGGUGAUAACACCCAGUACAAGUUUGAUGUGUCUCGAGUGACGGAGUUGAAUGUGCACUUAUAUAUGCGGAACCCUACCGCACCGCCAGGGUCCGGUCGAAGCCAAGAUAUCUUCCUAGGAGUCGUCCGAAUCAAUCCUAGGUUCGAUGAAAAGCGAACCUUCGUCGAGGAUCCCAAGGCCAGUAAGAAGGAUCGCGAAAAGGCCGCGGCCGAGUUCCAAAACCGGGAACGCGAGCUGGGACACAGUGGCGUUGAUUGGGUUGACGUACAAUAUGGCUCUGGUAGACUCAAGAUCGGUGUGGAGUAUGUUGAGAACCGAGCGGGCAAGCUUAAGAUCGAGGACUUCGAGCUACUCAAGGUGGUUGGUAAGGGUAGUUUUGGUAAGGUCAUGCAGGUUCGCAAAAAGGAUACCAGCCGAAUCUACGCGCUCAAGACGAUUCGUAAAGCCCACAUCAUCUCGAGAUCCGAAGUCGCCCACACUCUGGCCGAGAGAUCUGUGCUGGCACAGAUUAACAAUCCCUUCAUCGUGCCCCUUAAAUUUACCUUCCAAUCCCCUGAGAAGCUUUACUUCGUACUAGCUUUCGUCAACGGUGGAGAGCUGUUCCACCAUCUUCAGAAAGAGCAGAGGUUCGACGUCAACCGGGCACGAUUCUACACAGCCGAGCUACUCUGCGCCCUAGAGUGUUUGCACGGAUUCAAUGUUAUCUACCGAGAUUUGAAGCCCGAGAACAUCCUACUUGAUUAUCAAGGUCACAUCGCGCUUUGCGAUUUCGGUCUUUGUAAGCUAGAUAUGAAGGACGAAGACAGGACUAACACAUUCUGCGGCACCCCCGAAUACUUAGCGCCGGAGCUUCUUAUGGGCAAGGGAUACAAUAAGACAGUGGAUUGGUGGACUUUAGGAGUUCUCCUCUACGAAAUGCUUACGGGUCUCCCGCCAUUUUACGACGAAAAUACUAAUGAGAUGUACCGCAAGAUUUUGUCGGAGCCCCUACAUUUCCCUAGUGCAGAUGUUGUGCCUCCUGCGGCCAAGGACCUUCUUUCUAAGCUCCUCAACCGCAACCCAGAGGAGCGAUUAGGAGCUGCAGGCAGCGCCGAGAUUAAGGCCCAUCCUUUCUUCCACGCCAUCGACUGGCGCAAGUUGUUGCAGCGCAAAUAUGAACCCACGUUCAAGCCUAGCGUUGCCGAUGCUCUUGACACGAAGAACUUCGAUCCCGAAUUUACUUCGGAAGCUCCGCAAGACUCGUAUGUCGAAGGACCAGUAUUGUCGGAGACGAUGCAAAAUCAGUUUGCGGGUUUCAGCUACAACCGACCGAUCGCGGGACUUGGCGAUGCCGGCGGCAGCGUUAAGGACCCGUCGUUCGUUGGCAGCAUCCAAGACAGGCGAUAA